AUGGCAAAUCAAUUGAUUAAAGUAAAUGAUGACUCACAAGCUCAAUGGUACUGGAAAUCGAAUCCGAAUUCCUGGACGAUCAAUGAAAAGGAAGAAUGGAGAAGAUAUUCUGACAUUCAAUCCGACAUUAUUGAAAAAGCAUUCAACCAAAAAAAGAAAACAAAGUUAGUAGAAUUGGAUAAUUAUUGGAUCGACUUAAAUGACUUGAUUCAAAUCAGUAAACACGAUAAAAAUAAACAAAGACAAAUAAAACGAAUGUUAGUUAAUAGAAAUGAAAACGCAUGUUUACGAGAAGAGAGAUUCUUUUUUCCAGAACCACUGCAGAAACCGUUCAAUGAGGAGCGGUUGGACGGUGGCUAUCAUGGCUUUAUUAAGGAAUGGGAGAAGAAAAAGAAAACGAAAAAGAUUUUGUUUUUUUCAAAAGAACAAAAUAUGAACGACCUUGCUAAUAGUGAAAAAAUAGAACAAGCAGUCAACGGAAUCAUCUUCGAAGGAAAUCGACUAGGCGAAACGUGCGAAGCACAAUGGCUUGCCGAGCAAUUGAGAACUGUGAAAAAUAAGGACACAGAAGAAAUUCGUAAGUGUUGCAUUAGACUGUAUUCCAAAGAAUGUUUUCUAUACAAACUUGUUAAUACAACGUUGAGAGAAAAUGAUAAGACGAAAGUAGAUACUCUCGGUCCAUUCUGCUACUUUUUAUUUGAUUCAUGGUCAAACGAUUCUAACAACCAGUAUAACAUGAAAGUCUAUCGAGGUGCCAAACUUAGUUCAGAAAUGAUUGAAUGCUAUAAAGAAGCCAUUGGCACAUACAAGUGUUGGUAUGGCUUUUCUUCAACAAGUAAAAAUCGUCAAAAAGCAGAACAAUUUGGAAAUACGUUAUUUAUAAUUGAUCUGACUCAGUCCAAGGGAGCUGGCCUUGAUAUCUCAUCAUAUUCAUGUUACCCAGGUGAAGAGGAAGUCCUCCUUCCUGCUGGAACAGAGUUUAAAAUUAUCAAAGUGCAAUCCAACAUAGAACACAAUAAACAUUGUAUUUAUUUAACUGUUAUAACUGACCUGGAUAACGAAACAAACGGUGAUUUAUGCAACAAAGGUUUAUUAGCAGAUGACGCACGCGCAGUCGCUAAUGCAUUGAAGAUCAAUACAAGGUUGUGUAAGCUUGAUAUAUCAAAUAAUUAUAUAUGUAGUGAAGGCGCAAGAUCCAUCGCUGAUGCAUUGAAGAGCAAUAAAGCGUUGACAUCGCUCUAUAUUUCGAAUAAUAAUAUAUCGAAUGAAGGUGCAACAUCCAUCGCUGAUGCACUGAAGAUCAAUACAAGAUUGGGGGAGCUUGUUAUAUCAAAUAAUAAUAUAUCGAAUGAAGGCGCAACAUCCAUCGCUGAUGCAUUGAUGAUCAAUCAAACAUUAACAUUGCUCAAUAUUUCGAAUAAUAAUAUAUCGAAUGGCGGCGCAACAUCCAUCGCUGAUGCAUUGAAGAUCAAUAAAACAUUAACAAUACUCAAAAUUGCGAAUAAUAGUAUAUCGAGUGAAGGCGCAACAUCCAUCGCUGAUGCAUUGAAGAUCAAUUACACAUUGAGGUGGCUCAAUAUUUCGAAUAAUAAUAUAUCGAAUGGCGGUGCAACAUCCAUCGCUGAUGCAUUGAAGAUCAAUCGAACAUUGUGGAAGCUUGAUAUAUCGAAUAAUAAUAUAUCGAAUGAAGGCACAACAUCCAUCGCUGUUUUAUUGAAGAGCAAUACAAGAUUGGGGGAGCUUGUUAUAUCAAAUAAUAAUAUAUCGAAUGAAGGCGCAACAUCCAUCGCUUAUGCAUUGAUGAUCAAUCAAACAUUGACAUCGCUCAAUAUUUCGAAUAAUAAUAUAUCGAAUGGCGGCGCAACAUCCAUCGCUGAUGCAUUGAAGAUCAAUAAAACAUUAAAAAUACUCACUAUUUCGAAUAAUAAUAUAUCGAAUGAAGGCGUAACCUCCAUCAAGAAGAACUUUCGAGGUCUUUUUCUGUAUUGUUAG